UAAGCUGCAAAUUACAGGCUCUUUUUCAACUUUGAAUUUCCUUCUAAAAGAUUCAGAAUUUUCCAGGAAAAUGCCGAUUUCGAGAAUCGCCGUCGGAGAUGCCGCCGAGGCCAGCCACCCGGAUGCUCUCAAGGCGGCCCUCGCCGAGUUCAUCUCCAUGCUCAUCUUUGUCUUCGCCGGUGAAGGCUCCGGCAUGGCCUUCAACAAGCUAACAGACAAUGGCUCAACCACUCCGGCGGGGCUGGUGGCGGCUGCCAUAGCCCAUGCCUUCGCACUCUUUGUGGCGGUUGCAGUGGGCGCUAACAUCUCCGGCGGCCAUGUCAAUCCUGCCGUCACAUUCGGCGCCUUCCUUGGCGGUAACAUAACAUUGCUCAGGAGCAUUUUGUAUUGGAUUGCCCAGUGCCUUGGCUCCGUAGUGGCUUGCUUGCUGCUCAAGUUUGCCACUGGUGGACUGGAAACCUCGGCAUUCUCCCUGUCAUCCGGGGUGGGGGUGUGGAAUGCGCUUGUGUUCGAAAUAGUGAUGACAUUUGGGCUGGUUUACACAGUCUACGCCACCGCCAUCGACCCCAAAAAGGGCGACCUCGGGAUCAUUGCGCCGAUCGCCAUUGGCUUCAUAGUGGGGGCCAACAUCUUGGCCGGCGGCGCCUUCGAUGGUGCAUCCAUGAACCCAGCGGUGUCCUUCGGACCGGCAGUGGUGAGCUGGUCCUGGGACAACCACUGGGUGUACUGGCUGGGCCCGUUCAUCGGCUCGGCCAUCGCCGCCGUAGUCUACGACGUCUUCUUCAUCACUCCCUCCACUCACGAGCAGCUCCCCACCACGGAUUAUUAGAAGAAAAAGAAACAGAAAUGGGUGUUGGGUUUGUUAAUUUGGGUUGUCAAUGGUGUUGCUUGGUUUCGACUUUCGUUUGCAAUUAAGGAGUUGGUACGGUGAGGGGCCUAAAUCUAAUGGAGCUGUUGUCAAUUUGAAGUUUGAUGAUUUAAUUAAACUUUGUUGUCUUAUUAAUUAA